AUGGCUGAGAUCGCAGCGGGAGCCCUUGCUGUGGAGCAAGUCGUCUCUACAGGUAUCCAGGCUGGGGCAGCCGUCGCCGUGGCCAAACCUGCCCAGCCCUUCAAGGCCUCCCUCAACCGAAUCGCUACAUCCCCAGCAGAGGACACGUCACUAGCACUAGCAAGAUCUCAUCACACUGUCACGGUCAUUGGUGACAAGGCCUACAUCUUCGGUGGUGAGAAGUCUGGUGGGAAGCUCUGCAACACCGACGUCCACGCCAUUUCUCUCCCGUCCGACGCAAAACCCGACUCCGAAUACGCCUGCUACCCGGCCUUCCCUCUCAAGGAGGCAACAACCGGCGAACUGCUAGUCCCGUCACCUCGCAAGGGUCAUGCGGCUUGUGCUCGGGGCAAAUACGUCCUCAUCCACGGAGGAAGUGACGAAGCCGGCAACCCCAUCGACGAAGAUGCCUGCCUGUGGCUGUGGGACUCGGAGACGUUGAGGUGGGCCAAGGUACACGCGACCACACAGAUUGGCAAGGCACUGGCGCCAAGAGAGGGACAUAGCGUAUUUGUCGAUGACAAGCAGGACUUCCUCAUCCUUCACGGUGGCAGGACACCGUCAUCCUCCGUUCAGGUUGGGGAGACUUGGCUAUACGAUUUCGAUGCCGUCGCCUGGACCCAGCUGCCAUCGUCUCCCGUGCCGCCCUCGAGCUCAGCAUUCGUGAACACUACUCUGUACAGCCUCACCAGCGACUCGGCCGUGAGCGGUUCCGUACACUUCCUCAACCUGGGGCCCAACGCAACAGAGAGGGCGAAGCCAGACGCGCUCAAGUGGGAAAAGAUCGACUUUCCGGUUAAUCCUCUCAUUCCAGGACCGAGUCCAAGGGUCGGUGGUGCCCUCAUUCCCCUGUCGACGGGCUACGGACGCCACUUCUUGGCCUAUCUACUUGGCAGAAGCGACACCAAGAGCAAGGAGGACGAAGCCCACCCGUAUUAUUCUGACAUUUGGUCCCUGCAGCUCCCUUCUCAGGGCUUCAGCUUGACCACCGUCAAGGACGCCAUUCGCGAUCACCUCCCCGGCCAUGUGGACUCGGGCGCCUUCAGCUGGUCCGAGGUAGACAUCGUCCCGACGGAGCAGGUCGAGCACGAGGGCAAGGUCCACCCGGGACCUCGGGGCUUCUUCGGUGCGGGGCCCUGUCUGGAUGGGAAAGGCGUCGUGUUUUGGGGAGGUGUCAAUGCGAAGGGUGAGAAGGAGGCCGAUGGUUGGAUCCUGAAGGUCCAGUGA